AAUGGGUGAUUAGGAUUAAAAGUAGGAUAAAUAGAAGAUAAAAACAACAAGAUUGAUUAUAUUAAUCUUAUCAGCCCUUUUAUUGUUUGGAAACAAUUAUUCUUUUGACAAUCCACAAGCAUUAUAAUCUUAAAUAAUGGAAGAAGUGCACAUUUCAUUAACAGAGUUCAAUUACCUAUACUCUUUUUUCAGCUUUCCAAAUAUCUUACUCACAUUAAUUGGAGGAUAUUUUAUAGAUAGAAUUGGUAUUAAAUAUAAUUAUAUGUAGGUAGUCGAAAGAGCAUAUUAAUAUUUGCAUCAUUAGUUACCGUUUCUUAAACUAUAAUAGCAUUUGGAGGAAAAUAUUAAAGUUUUCACUUGAUGUUAUUUGGAAGAGUAUUUUUAGGCAUAGCAAGUGAAAAUUUGAUUAUUUCAUAAAAUGUAAUCAUCACAGCUUGGUUUAAAGGUCAUUAAUUAUCAACAGUAUAUAUAUAUAUAUAUAAAUAUAAUAGGCAAGUGGUUGUAUAGUUACAUUGCCAGAAAUAGCAGCAGCAUUAAACUCUUACUUUUCACCUAUGAUUUAUGAUUAUACAGGAAGCAUUACAUAUCCUUUAUUCACAAGUGUAUUUGUUUGUAUUUUUUCACUAUUAUGUGCAAUUUUACUAUUAUUCUUUGAUAAAACAAGAGAAUAGAUUUUACAAUAAGAAAAAUUAGAGAAAUCUAAUAUUUCUAGUAAUGAUGAAUCACAUGACACUUUAAAUGAUAGUUAAUAAAUCACAUAAAAUACUUUACAUACAGAAAGAGCUAGAUUACAAGAAAUUAGAGAAUUCCCAGCAUUAUAUUGGUAUCUAACUGCUAUUUGUUCAUUAUGUCUUGGAAUAUACAUUUCUUUUAUGGAUGAUGUCAGUGAUUAUUAUUAGAAGAAAUUCUAAUUUAAACCUGUUGAAGCUGGAAAAUUUAUUACAAUUCCAUAUAUAUUUAGUGCUCUAUUAUGUCCAUUUAUUGGAUAUUACAUUGAUAAAGUAGGUCAUCGUAGAUUUUUCUUAAUGAUUACUUCCUUCCUAUUUAUUAUAGCUUAAAUAUUAUUUGGAUCUGUUCAUGUUGCUAGCAAUGAAAAAUGGAUAGCUGCUAUACCAUUAAUUAUUUAGGGUUUAGCAUUUACAUGUUAUUCUUGUGUUAUGAUACCUUGUGUAUAAUAUAUUGUAGACUAAAAAUAUAUGGGAACUGCUUUUGGAAUUCUUGGUAUGUUUGAAUCUAUUGCUUUAUGUUUUUUCCCUAUUAUUGCUAGUAAAAUUGUUGAAUCUGCAGAUGACCUUCAAACUGGAUAUAAAAAUAUGUCCCUUUUCUAUUCCAUUUUAGGUAUACAUUUACUAUAAUUUAAGGUCUAUUUUCAUUGUUUCUAUGUAUUACCUUAUAUCAUUAUGAAUCCUCAAAUAAGUUAGAUUUUAUAGAUCCUAAUAAUCCUUUACCAGAAGAAAUACGCAAACUGAAUGAAUAUAGCAUGAUAACUGAAGAAAAGUGUUCUAUCUCAGAAGAAAAAUGAU